UAGCCCAAGACGUGACAUUUGAGUUCCUUUAUAGCUGCAAACCAAAAGAGUUGCUUUACAUUUAGCUUCUUCUAUGCAGCAAAAAAAGCACUAAAAUGAAACAGAUCAGUUACUCUUGCAUUCUUAUGUCUGAAAGAUUAAAGCUUCACUGCAGUGAAAGAGUUGACGGAUUACAUUCUUACUGUGGUGUUCUAAGCGAAGGAAACUGAGAACCAACUAGAUUCUUUUCCAAGUCAUAACCAAAAGAUUGUGGCAUACAGAAUUUUUAGUACUCCUACCUUCUCGGUGUUUCCUUGGAAAUUUGAAGAGCAACGAUCUUCAUUUAUAAUACAUAGACAUGGAGAUUAUUACUGGAACUGCUACAGAUCUUGUUGGAAAGAUUUUUGGGUACGUGGGUUCAACCGUUGGACGGCAAGUGGGUUAUUUAAUCCACUACAAACGCAACCUUGAAAAUCUACAGAAUGAAGUGGCCAAAUUAAGAGUUGCAAAGCAAACAAUGAGUGAGAAGAUUACCGUCGCUGAAGCCAAGGGUGAAAAGAUUCAUUCGAAGGUCCAGGUGUGGCUGAAAGAUGUGGCUAAAACUACGAAGCAGGCAGAAGGACUGUUGAAAGACAAGCAACAAGCAACUGCUGAUGAUGCAAACAAUUCGUUGAAAGAUGAAGGCCAACCAAAGACGGAGUGUGUCCAUGGGUUUUGUCCAAAUCCGAUGCUCCGUCGUCGUCGAAGCAAGAAAUCGUUGGCAUUGAUUGAGGAUGUUACCAAGCUGAUCAAUGAAGAAAGAGAACUUUCUGACAUUUCAUACCUUCCCCCCAAAGAUCUACAGACUGAAGUGGACAAAUUAAAUGUUGCUAAACGCACGGUAGCUGAGAAGGUCACUGCAGCUGAAGCGAGGGGUGAAAAAAUCCAUGCGAAGGUCGAGGACUGGCUAAAAAGAGUGGAUGAGAUUAUUGAAAAAGCGGAAGCAUUCUUGAAAGACAAGCACCAACAAAUUGAAGAGGCAAGCGAAUUGAAUGAUGAAAUCCAAGCAAUUGAUGAAAAGCCAGACACCUCCUUAAGUCAUGGAAGCAAGGAAUCAUUGGAAUUGCUGCAGGUGGUUACUGAACUCUACGAGAUGAGAGAAUUUUCUGAUAUUUCAUACGUUCUUCCGGCAGAAGAUGUAUGUAUCGCAUCUGACGAAGACUACGAGGAAUUUGAUUCAAGAACUUCAAUACUGGAGAAAAUCUUGAAGGAAUUGGGAAAUUCUAGUUCUGAAAUGAUUUUGGUGUAUGGUGUUGGGGGUGUGGGAAAGACCACGCUCGUUGAAGAAGUUCUAAGGAAAACUCAAAAAGAGAAAUUCUUUGAGGAUGCAGUAAUGGUACGGGAUGUGAAAAUUCCAAACUUGGAAGCAAUUCAAAAUCAAAUUAUUGACAAGUUAGGUGUGGACAUUUCGGAAGCUCGGACUCUACCUGGAAGAGCCGAUAAAAUAAAUGAAAGAAUCAAGGACAAGAAGACUCUUGUCAUUUUUGAUGAUGUUUGGGGAGAACUUGAUUUGAAGGCUGUGGGACUUCCCCACAAAUCCACUUGUAGAAUAUUGUUGACAUCCAGGAGUCAACAAGUGUUUUCUCAUAAGAUUAAGCAAAAAGGGUUUCCGCUUGGGGUUUUAGAUGAUAAGGAGGCAUGGGCUUUAUUUGAGAAGAAAGCCGGCGAUGUUGUUGCAGAUCCUACUAUUCAACCUAUAGCAACUCAAGUAGCCAAAAAAUGUGGAGGGUUGCCUGUUUUCAUUAUCACUGUUGCAAGAGCUUUAGAAAACAAGCCUCUAUCCAUCUGGAAAGAUGCUUUGCGACGCCUCGAAAAUUUUGAUGAGAAAGAAGACUUAACUCAAAAGGCCUACUCGGGUAUCGAGUGGAGUUACAGUCAACUGAGUGACAAGGAUCAGCUUCAGCCAUUGUUCUUGUUGUGUGGUCUUAUUGCAAAGGGCAACUAUGUUUCAUUUGCAGACUUGUUGAAAUAUAGUAUAGGUUUGGGUUUGUUUGAAGACUAUACCGUGGAAGACGCACGAAAUGCCUUGUAUCAACAGGUUUACAAGCUUAAAAGUUCUAGUCUAUUGCUAGACGGUGAUGAUGGUACAUGUGUCAGAAUGCACGAUCUUGUACAUGAUGUUGCUAACAGGAUUGCAUACAGAGAUCAUCAUGUGUUGGUUGAAGAUGGAGGUCAUGAGAGGAAAAAAUGGCCAAAUGAAGAUUUCUUUACUGAGUGCAGUAAGAUCUGUUUGCCUUGUCGCAAUAUUGCCACCCUUCCUCAAGUACCUUGGCAAUGCCCGAAAUUGGAGAUGUUUCAUUUGCACCGUGAAAGUGAUGAUUCCUCGCCUGAAAUACCAAGCAACUUUUUCGUGGAGAUGAAAAAACUCAAAGUAUUGGGUUUAAGCAAUGUGCCUCUUCUUCCGCUACCCCCAUCUAUUUCAUUUUUAAAGAAUCUCCAAACAUUGUGUUUAGAUGGAUGCAUGUUUGAAGACAUUGCUCUAGUUGGAGAGCUAAGAAACUUAGAAGUUCUUAGCCUUGUAGAAUCCAAGGUUAAACAAUUACCCAAAGAAAUUGGGCAGUUAACCCGUCUGCGGUUGGUGGAUUUGUCUGAUUGCUAUGAACUUAAAGUGAUUCCAGCUGGUGUCAUUUCAAAUUGGACAAGACUUGAAGACUUGAGAAUGAGAAACAGCUUUAACAAUUGGGAGAGUAGAGAAGUCAUCUGUGAAACAAGUAAUGCUAGCCUUUUGGAGCUGAUGAACUUGCCCAAGCUAACCGCAUUAGAAGUACACAUUCCAGAUACCGACAUUCUUCCAGCAAAGUUUUUCUCUGACAGGUUGGAAAAAUACCAAAUAUUUAUUGUGUCGAUGAGCUGGUGGGAUCGUAUGUAUGAAACAACCGUCAACAAGCUUAUACUAGGGCCCAAUACCAGAUAUGAAUUGGACCAAGGUCUAAAAGCAUUGCUGAAGAGAUGUGGAGAUUUACGCUUUAUUGGGGCGCAAGAUGUUGAUUUUUCAUUUAUCUUGAAGACAGAGGUUGUGAUGUCCAGCUUAACAACUUUGGAGGUGUCAAAUUGUGAUGGUUUAAAAUACUUGUUAUCAUCUUCUAUAGCUAGAAGUCUUGUAAAACUCAAAAAGCUCAAGAUAUCAUGUUGUAAGGCCAUGGAAGAGAUAGUAUCAACAAGAGAAUCCCAAAAUAACAUAAUUUAUAAGCUAGAAAUCCUGGAACUGGAAGAACUUCCAAACCUUGCUAGAUUCUGCACAGCUGGAAGUUGUAUUGAAUUUCCAUCAUUGGAGAGACUGUAUAUGGAAGAUUGUAGUAAUAAACUAGGAGAAAGUACUGCAAAAGACACUACAUUCCGCAGAGAGAUUCAAGAGAGAGAGUUGGAUGAGAACUUUCAGGCCCACAAUGAGACUUGUAGCCAAAACUUUCUUUUUGACGAAAAGAUAAGAUCUCCAAGACUGGAGAUAUUGCAAAUCAUCAAUUACUACGGCAUGGACUAUAAAAAUAGGUUCUCGCAGACCAUAUGGCACAAUCAAUUGGAUCCAGACUCAUUUUGUAGACUCAGAGAAGUCUCUGUGGAAAAUUGUGUCAAUCUAAGAAGCAUUUUUCCACCUAGUAUGAUGGGAAGAUUGAGUGCUUUAGAAACCUUAGACAUAAAAGGUUGCGAGUCAAUGGAAGUGGUAUUUGAUGAACGUAGAGAAACUAAUGUCAACGAAACACAUGGCACAUCAACCACUCAGUUGAAAGACGGUCAAAAUCUAAAGUCAGUGGAUAUAUACAAUUGUCACAGAUUGAAAUACAUUUUUCCCUCAUCUAUGGUAACUGGUGGUCUUCAACAGCUGCAAAAGAUGAAAGCGGGUCGUUGUGAUGAAAUGGAGAGUGUUGUUGCCAAGGAAGAGGGGACUCUAGAAUCAACAAGGCAUCCCAACUUUGUGUUCCCAAAAGUUGAAUCUAUGAUUUUUGAAUCUAUGCAAAGGCUUAAGAGCUUCUAUCCCGGAAUGUAUAUUUCUGAGUGGCCCUUGCUCAAACAUUUCAAGUUUGAAGGUGAAGUGGAGAUUUUUGCUGCAGAACUAUCAGUCUUUCAGGAAAAGCAAAUGCAUGCCCCAACUAAACAACCUUUCUUGCUAAUUGAUAAGGUUGUGAUGCCCAUCUUAACAACUUUGGAGGUGUCAAAUUGUGAUGGUUUAAAAUACUUGUUAUCAUCUUCUAUGGCUAGAAGUCUCGUGAAACUCAAACAGCUCAAGAUAUCAAAUUGUAAGGCCAUGGAAGAAAUAGUAUCAACAAGAGAAUCCCAAAAUAACAUAAUUUCUAAGCUAGAAAUCCUGGAACUGGACGGACUUCCAAACCUUGCUAGAUUCUGCACAGCUGGAAGUUGUAUUGAAUUUCCAUCAUUGGAGAGACUGUAUGUGCGAGGAUGUAGUAAUAAACUAGGAGAAAGUACUGCAAAAGACACUACAUUCCGCAGAGAGAUUCAAGAGAGAGAGUUGGACGAGAACUUUCACGCCCACAAUGAGACUUCUAGCCAAAACUUUCUUUUUGACGAAAAGAUAAGAUCUCCAAGAUUGGAGAUAUUGCAAAUCAUCAAUUACUACGGCAUGGACUAUAAAAAUAGGUUCUUGCAGACCAUAUGGCACAAUCAAUUGGAUCCAGACUCAUUUUGCAGACUCAGAGAAGUCUCUGUGGAAAAUUGUGUCAAUCUAAGAAGCAUUUUUCCACCUAGUAUGAUGGGAAGAUUGAGUGCUUUAGAAACCUUAGACAUAAAAGGUUGCGAGUCAAUGGAAGUGGUAUUUGAUGAACGUAGAGAAACUAAUGUCAACGAAACACAUGGCACAUCAACCACUCAGUUGAAAGACGGUCAAAAUCUAAAGUCAGUGGAUAUAUACAAUUGUCACAGAUUAAAAUACAUUUUUCCCGCAUCUAUGGUAACUGGAGGUCUUCAACAGCUGCAAAAGAUGAAAGCGGGUUGUUGUGAUGAAAUGGAGAGUGUUGUUGCCAAGGAAGAGGGGACUCUAGAAUCAACAAGGCAUCCCAACUUUGUGUUCCCAAAAGUUAAAUCUAUGAUUUUUGAAUUUAUGCAAAGGCUUAAGAGCUUCUAUCCCGGAAUGUAUAUUUCUGAGUGGCCCUUGCUCAAACAUUUCAAGUUUGUACGUGAAGUGGAGAUUUUUGCUGCAGAACUAUUAGUCUUUCAGGAAAAGCAAAUGCAUGCCCCAACUAAACAACCUUUCUUGCUAAUUCAUAAGGGUUCAUUCCCCGUCUUGGAAAAAUUGGAGGUGUCUACCGCGGAGAUUUUGUAUGGUCCAUCUUCAUCCCCAGUAGAGUCGAUCUUUAGCAGACUAAAAUAUAUACAUUUUUGGAGCUGUAAACAACCCUGCCUCCAGCAUGCGGCAGUGCUUUUCCUUCAGAAAUUACCUAAUCUGGAAGUCCUAGAAUUGUACCAGUCUAUGGCCAAAAUAUUUGUGGACGAAAGAAAUGGUUGUGGGGAAACUGUAAGAGUUGGGUCCCUCCCACGUGUAAGAGUUCUAGGGCUCUCCUCUGUGGAUGUGAGGCAUAUUGGAAUAGAGAACCAACCAGGGGGCCCAGUUUUUCCUAACUUGGAAUCUCUUAACGUGAGCCACUGUCUCAGACUAGAGAAUUUAGUGUCAUCUGCAGUAUCCUUCCAGAAUCUAACAACGUUGGAAGUACAUGGGUGUGAUGGAUUGAAGUGCUUAGCACCUUCUUCGGUAGCUAAGAGCUUAGUGCAACUCACGAAUUUGACGGUGAGAUUUUGUAAAGAAAUUGUAGUAUUAGUGGCAGGCAACGAAGAUGAAGAUGAUGAUACAGAAAAUGAGAUUGCGUUCAGCCGGUUGCAAUAUUUGACACUUGACCGGCUAUAUAGUCUACAGGGCUUUUGCUCCCGAAAUUGCACUGCCAAACUGCCAUUGUCAAUCACUGUAGAUGUAAACUACUGCCCGAUUCAGUUGAAGAUUUCCCCUGAUGGGGUACCAAUAGCAGAAAGCGAUGAAAAAAUGAAGAUGGAUUUGGAGAUGUACAUGGAGCUGGAGAUGGAGAUCAAGAUGCAGAUGGAGAUGGAGAUGCAGACGCAUUCGGAGAUGGAGAUGAGGAUGGGAUGGAGAUAGAAGAUACAGCUGACGAUGACCACUCAACUGCCAAGUGAAAUAUCGCGGAAGAGGCCCCUGCUAUCGCUUGGCCAUAACAAUGGCGUUGCAAGACAUUUGAUAUUUACUUGCUGUCCUCGGGAAUGCUGUCAGUUUCGAUGUUAAGCUUAGUUUGAGAUAAGACUUGCAAGCUACUGCCUCAGAGAGAAAUUCCAGAAGGCAAGCCAAGAAAUGUGGAACACUCAUGUGUGCACCAUAUAAGUGUUUGGAACUGCUUGUUUGAUUUGUUCGUAUAGACACUGCUGCAUUCCUUUUGUUAAUUGUCUGUUUUUAGUCCACCUUUCAAAACUGGGACAUGAAAGUGCGGUAGUAGGUAAUAAUUCAUUAAUCUAUCCUGGGUGCUGGACUGGGAGCCUUGUUGAAUUUGGAUUUCUAUUCGGCUAUUCCGUUUUGUUUGCUUGA